AUGAAUCCGUGGAGACUCGAUACCUUCAAAAAUCUCUACAAUGACAUUAUCCGUGCAAGAGAACUACCUUCUGCUGCCUCUAUAAGAGAUUUAAGCCACAAGCUACAAACUGAAAAACAUUCAUUUCUAAUUCUUUUGGAUUUUCCGCGAAAGACAGGCAAGAGAGACGCUUUCAAAAAGGACCCGAACAGUGAAGUUCUAGAAUUCGAAUUCAUCGGCACAAAGUACUUGAUAAGACCAGAGUUCGCUGAUCAGAUUUUGUUAUUCUCUGAUAUUUUCAAUAUUGAUGAAUAUUUGGCGGCGCACAUAUUACUAAGGUCCAAUGAGAAACAAGCAUCGAUUUACCAAAAGAGUGCAGUCGAAACGGCCAUGAUCCAUUUUCUCUCAGAACGCAGUUUUAUGCUUGCGUGUCUUGAGUUGAUUAUUCAGGAUGCGUAUGAUAAGGAAUUACCUCCGGAUCUUAGAGAUAUGUAUUCACGAUUCGUGCAAAUUUUGAUUAAGGAAUACGAAUCGAAUCUGGCUUUGUCCGGUUCUCUCGCUUUGCAUGUAUUAAAAACCAUUCAAUUAUUGAAAACACAAAUUGAUCAAUUCAACACCGAUAUGAAGACACCAAUGCAACCGAAUGGUACUCUUACUCCACUUCAACGCGUAUCUUUCGAAUCUGCAAAUGAUGCUAUUAAUGCUUUGAGUCAACAGUACAGGAUAUUAGGACGCGUGCUCUAUCAUUUUUCAUACAAUUUUCAGCUUAAUCCCGAAGAAAUAAUGAAAGUUACAGAAUUGGUGCAGAUAAUAGAUUAUCAUAAUAUAAUAAUACCUCAUCUAGUGAUGUCCUUACUGGCAUCAAUCGAUAUUGCCAAAGAGAACGCUACUAAUCAUAUAGUGUCAUUCAAAAGAUAUGAAGCUUUGAAAAAUGACCAAAAUUUUGUAAAGAAUUUUAACAAGUUGCUCGUUAAUGACGUGCAAAGGAACGGAAAUGGUUGGAAAAUCAAAGGAAUUCAUGGGAUAAUUCUCUUACAAUGGAUACUAUUUAUAUGGGAGAUACUUCCACGGAAUCCAUCGUUGAGGAAGGAAUUAAACCUUACGGAAGACCAAUUGCUUCAAUUAGCAAAUGAAGUCAUUCAAAAAGAUGUUUUUCAGUUGAUAAUAAAAUAUUUCUUGGAAUUCCAAAUCGUGGACGAUGUACUUGAUGAGGAUGAUUCUUUAUCACCGCUUCAGAGUAAGAUAUUUUCCAAAGAUCCAGCUCAAAAAAUAACUGGUUUCUCGAUUGAGGAUGAAUUUCAAGACAGUGUUAUAAAACAGCUUCAGUCACUUGUUAGAUCCUUUAUCUCGAAAAUGAGCCAAUGUUUACAACAAAUAAAACGUCGUGAAGAGGAUGCUAUUCAGGCAGCAAAACUGCCGCAGCAACCUAUAUCGUCGAAAGCUAAAGACACUGCUUCGGACUUGCGCCAUGAUUUAGCUGCCUUCUUCUUCUUAGUCGCUAUAUUGUAUAGGACACCAGAUAGCGGACUGAAAUUCUGGGAAAAUAGAUCUUUUCUAAAAUUUGGGGCAAGCGUGAGUGAAGCAAGAAUGAUUCGUGCCUAUUUGGAAAUGUUAUGCUCCCUUGCGACCGGCCCAAAAAGUAGUGAGCAGGCAGAUAAAUUUCUUUCAAUUGAGGAUCAGAAUACGGAAUGGUGCUCUUGGAAAAUGCUUGAUAAAGCAUUGGUCUUAUAUGGCUCACCGCCGGCGAUCAGAGUUUCUCCAGGAGCAUCUGGCAUGCAAAGCCAAACCGACAAUAAGAUUCGACCGGACGAAAGCUCCAUAUUAAGCGCUUUUAUUCGUGUUCUAAGUCAAGUUGUCCAAUACUCGGACACAGCACGGAAUCGAUUUCAAAAGGAGAAUAUUGUGACCAAACUAUUCACUCUAUUGAAUCGUGAAUUAAUGCCUAAAUUGAAAGCAGCAGCUAUCAAUUCAAUAGCCGCAUUUUGCAGAUCAAUCCCUGGGAAUGUUAAUAAUAUUGUAUGGGAAGUCUGGAAAUUUUUAGAGAAUAGUCAAAUUAUUCACACCAUUCCAAAGCAGACAUCACCUGGCUCUAGGCCUCCGCCUACUACGCCUGCUGGGCCAGCAGCUGGUGGUGGUGGUGGUAUGAAAAAAGAGCUCACGGAGGCCGAAUCCGUGCAUCAAACUUACCCGCAAACUUUAGCUUUCUUGAAUUUAAUAAAUACAUUAACUCAAGUUGACCAUGAGCGUGCAGGUUUGCUUUUUGGUUUCCCUGCAGCCGCUUCGAGUAUCCCCUUGGAUCUUGGCUCCUCAUACCGAACGCCUGGAAUAACACCUUAUAUAGGCUAUGUUAUUGACACUGUAUUUUUAAAAGCACCUUUGAGAAGUUAUCGAAAUCCUUUGGAGAAAUGGAAAGUUAUGGCAAAUUCCUUGGAAAUUAUUGAAAAAUGUUUGCUUUCAUUUGAGUUGACUGGAUCUUUAUUUCAUAAUGUUGGUACUCAACAAUCUGCUACGGGACAAGAUGGAUCUGGCCGAAACCAGAGUUUGGAAUCUUCUAUGAAUGUUGAUAUUGUUCGUUUCUUGAGUCUUCACCCAGGAUUUGAUAUAAUGAAGCGUCUUUUAUCAAAAUCAGGACUCAUUGAGGUUAUGUUUGACUGCAUAAAUGACGCUGGUGUUAAGUUGUCUGAGAAUAGCGAAAAAACUCCAUUUUUCAAAGAAGCAGUUUUACGUGUUUUAAGAAUUAUCGAUAUGGCAUCUCAAAAAGAAGCAAGGUUUUCGCGCAUAUUGAUUCCUUUGGUUCGUGAAAAUAUUCCUGGAAGUUUCGAGAAUGUUUUUCUAAAUCAAAGUAGAAUUGUCAUACAGAUCGCUUUACUUUUGAUAUGUGGUUAUGAUGAUAUAUGUCUAUAUGCUGUUAAAAUAUUAUCACGCCUUAGUCGAUAUAAAGCAUUCAACGAUGUAGACAGGACUGACGGCCGUGGCAUCAAUAGACUUGUAAAAAUACUUUCAUCAUCUGAUGAAUCUGAUCGAAUACUGUCAGGAUUUGUUGACCAUUUGGAAAACGGCAGGGGCGAAAACGACCUUAACACUAUAAUUGACUAUGAGGAAGAUAGUAUUAUGCAAAUAAUAGAAGGAACUCAGUUAGGUCACUUUCUAGAAGAGAAUAUUGACGUUUCUUCACAAUCGGUGAGGCUUGCCAUUGCGGAUUUGAUUUUGGAUAAUCUGAGACCAGGUAUAAGGUCACCAACAAUUGCACAUUUUCUUCUUGGAUAUGAAUUUGAAGGAGCAGGACGCAAAGCAACGAUCCAAUUUACUGAUGCAUAUGAUACAAAAAGAAGCUGCUUGGAUUUAAUUUUAAAUUUAUUUGGACAUUCGAAUAAAGAAGCAGAGUUAGAUGACGACGAAGCAAGAAUUUCUGAAUUUGCUCAAGAUAAUCCUUCUCUUGCCGCUCGAUUCUAUGAGAUAAUAUAUCGACUUUGUUCAGAUAGUAGAACUUCGGAACCUACAAUGAUACAUCUUCGAACAAUCAAUUUUUUUGCCUCUCAAUUUAAAUUAUUACCUAUUCACAUCGCAAAACCUCAAUCUUCUGAGAGAGUUGAUGAUAGCACUAUUAUCAAACUUGACAAUACAAAAAUGAAAAUCGAUUUUAAUACCGUCGCUUUUAACCUCGAACAGAAAACUUGGCUAUUUAAAAUUCUAGCUCUUGAGCUUCUGAGAUGUCAAAUAUACUCUCAAACUGCAAGACUGUUGUCUUUGAUGCUUGGAAGUGAUUCAGUACAAGAGUGGGACCAUGAACUGAGAAUGGUUGAAGAACCCGAUGACUCAAUAGUAUUGGAUGGCCAGGAUGAGAGCCAAUCGAUGGCGAAACUCUUAGAAUUACUUGACAUGCUAGAUCAUCAAUGGAUAGAUGAUGAAUGGGCUAUUGGUAAUUUUCAAAGGCGCUAUUUUGAUCGGCUAGAUAUUGAUACCUAUCCAACAAAGAAUAAACGAGGCAUUCCUAUCUAUGCUAUCCGAGAUAUUUAUACAGCUUUACGAUCGUUAGCUAACAAUUUGAGAAAACGUGGAGCUGUUGCUAAUAUGCAAGAGAUGGAGCAAGAAUUUCAUAUGAUCUUAAGAUUUUGCUAUUCACAUAAUCGUCGUACUGAAUAUGAAUCUCUAAAGCUCGAGUGUUUUAAAGGAUGGCGUGAAAUAAUGGAUGUUAUCAUUUAUAAUCACUAUGAAAUUCUAAAUUUUGACCGGCGAGAACCAAUCAUUAUUGAAAUUAUUACUGCAUUGUUGCCAAAAAUAAGAACAAAUGAGUACUUAAUCACAUCGCACAUUUUGAGUUAUGUACUCGUGUCAGCUAUGUCGAAAUUGUGUCAAGAUCGGCGAUCUCAAUCCACAUUACAAAUUGUGACCAGUGACAGCACAUUGUCAUUAAAAUCAAGAUUACCUCCUGAAAAACUUCAGGAUAUUUUCAGAUUAAUUCUUUAUGGAAUAAUUGCAGGUUAUGCAAAUACUGAAAUGCGAAUGAACUUUUAUGUUACUUUAUAUCUAUACUUGCAAUAUUGCAAUCCCGAGUUAGAUUAUCUAAUCACAUCAUCAAAUUUCCACGCUAUCGGUAAUUCAAGGGAUAUAAGCUCAAUAUCAUUACUUGGAGGUGGCGCGUCAAGGACGUGGGGUGCUUCAUCGGCACGUGCUAGUGGUUCUAACCAAAAACUUAUUGCAGCCAAUUUCGCUAUGCUUAAAGAAUUGGGCAAUCGUUUGCUUAAUUUCCUAAGAUCUGAUGCCUCAGCUGGGCAUGUUGCUGUACAAUUGUCCGCAAUAACAACUUUGAACGCCUUGUGUGAUUUAUAUAAACGUGAAAGAGAUAACUCGGUGAUUGAUUAUCUGAUAAAAGCUCAUUUUAUCUCCGAAACGCUACAGGAAUUAAAGCGUAGUGAUGAUUUUUUGAGACAUUAUUAUGGAAAAUCAGCAGCCGACCAAUCAAUAUUGCACGCGGCAUAUUUAUUUGAGUCAAGGAUAGCUUUACUGAUUCGUGUUGCUCAACGUCCCGAAUUUGCCAUUAAACUUUUGAAUUUUGGAAUUAUCGAAUAUUUGGAAAAAAUGACUUUCUUGGGCGAACGUCCAACAUACAAUAGGACUACAACAGAUUUACAGGGAAGAACUAGUUAUAUUCGUUAUCAUCAACUCUUGUUAUGGAUACUUCGCUUAGUAGGCUCUAUUCUUACAAGUGCUGGUCACAAUAACAACAUUGCAUUAAAUAAAGUCUUAAAAUUUAUAAAUAGUCAUCAAGGUGUUUUGGCAGAAAUCUUCACCGAUUAUGUUCCGCCAAUAUCUCCUGAUGAUGAUGAAAUCUGUGUGAUUUAUCUUCAAGUUCUUUGUGAAGUCGUUCCUAUAUUUUAUUAUGUAGGCAAUGGAAUUGAAGCUUUAGAUAAGGACCGUCAUGAAAAAAGACAGCCAACUUUUCAUAGUUUGUUAAGAGAAAAUAUAGCACGAUAUUUUUUCUUUGGUGAUUGGUGUUCCCAGAUGAUGGACGAUGAAGAAGAGAAAAGACUUAAAAAUAUGCACAAAUUUUUGAGACUUCUUAACAAGAACCUUCUAGCAUGGAGUUAUCGAGUCACCGGAUUUAUGAGUGCUGCAUCCGAAUUUAGACCUAUUUUUACUGCGUCACUAGAAACUGCCAACAAAAGAGAUGAGAUUCAAACCGAAAAGGAACCGGAACUUUCUGCUCUGGUGAUUUGUCUAAGAACUUUGGUGGAAGGAUUGUUUAAUUUGCUGCAAAGGUUUCUUGAUCAUUCGCAGAAGCUCGGAAACUAUAAUACAAUUUCACAAGCAGACAUUGACGAGAUCUUGGCAAAGAUCUCAGAGAACUAUGUCCAAUUACUCAACAGCACACAACGAAAAACGUUAGCCAUUCAAGAAUUACACAAAAUGCGCCUAAAAACAGCCAGACAUAUCAACACUUGUCUAAAUGAUGUUGAAAUCGCAUUACUUUUACUAUGGCAUCACCUUGAAUAUUAUUUGUCAUCUACUACAAGCUUUUCUGAAUUUACUGAGCAGCCUAUUGGCAUGUCUUCCAUGAUGGCAAUAGCUUCCGGAAGCGGUAGUGGCCCACUUGAAAGAUUACGGACGGAUGCGCAGUUACACUUGAAGCCUUCGUUUGAUAAAUUAGCUACUCUGGAUAAACAUCUGACAAAAGAAAUCAUUGACAAUUACAAGAUGAGAAACACUUAUAUAUCUAUGUUACUUCGAAAAAUAAAUGCAACACUUGGCUCACAAAAUUAA